AAUAUAGACAUUCACAUUCCUCUAAAAACACACACACGAGCACAAUAAUAGUUUUUCGUCUGUUAAAAUGAGUUUUUUGUGGAAGAUCGUGAAAUAUUUCUCCGGUUCUUCCAACCCAAAGAGUCACACCGGGGGGACUUUCAGCUGGAGAGAGACCGUUCGCUGAGUCAAGUGGCAUCGCCGCGUCCCUGGCAAAAUUUGAGAAACGAACUGCAUCUGGCCGCCCUGAAGGAGGCGGGGAAAGUGCGCUUAACCCUCAGACAGAACAGGCGGCUGAUCAAGAAAGCCAGCUCUCUGUGGCGCAGCAUGUCGGACGAGACAAAGCGCAAGUACAACGAUCUGGCCAAGAACUCGGCAAAGACGCGAGUUCCGGGGCUGACAGUGCAGAAGCUAGUGCAGCAGAUAUUGGCCCAGACAUCUGCCAGUGCAGAGAACAUAACUCAGGAAGAACCCAUGGUGGAUGGUAUUUCUGACCAGGCUAUCCAACGGCGGAGACCACCUACCCCAUACCCCUCGCUUACGAGCAUUGUUGACCAGGACUUGGAACUACCGGUAAACCGGAAGCGAAGCGAGGAAUUUGAUGGCGAUUCCGACGACUCCACGACAUCCCUCCAUCCUCCUGAACCAAAGCGUCCUCGUGUGGACUAGGAUCUUCAACUAUUCCCAUACAUCAUUUAAAUCAGGGACUAAAUUUAAUAUUUAAAGAUUUUCGACAUACGUAAAUAUUUUUGUGCUAGUGAUUGAAGCCCCAUUUGUCAAAAUUACAUGUCAUGUUCGAAAAUCCGUUAGUUGAUUAAAUAUUGAUAUAUUUUGAUAUUGA